CGGUUUGGUAGGUGGGUUUGUCAAAGGGGGAAAGAAUGCGAAGCUGUGAUUGGUCAAAUCAGAGGGACGUUAUCCCAAAACCCGCCUCUUUCAUGGGAUAAUGGAAUAUGAUUGGAUAUUUAGGGAGACAUAGAGGAAAACUGGGCAGGGCACAUUUGACAGCUGAUAGCCUAUGCUAGCUAGCGUGUUGUUAUCCAAUAACCACCACCUGUGACAAUAAUCAUUUCCAGUCAAACAGCACUGUUACACAUAUUGUUGGAUAUAAAACAAAAAGACAUUUCGUUUAAUUUAAAUGCGUUUUGAGAGAAUUUGAAAAAGGAAGCUCACUGGGAAAUAUUUUUUAACUACAGUACCCACAAUUCAGCUGCACAGUACGCAACGUCUACGUAAAACGUCGAAGUCACAACAAGGAAGUAGAUGCUUAUGGUACCUGAAUUUCUUGUGCUAGCUAGUUAAUCUUCUUAGACAGAGGGACAGUUGGUUUUGUUAAAGGACGCACUUAAAGAUUACGUUGAUCUUGUUUUGUACCACAAAGCCUCAAUCUGUCAGGUUCUCUGGAUUUCUAAUAGGCCAUCUACGAAGACAAAGUGGAAGUUAUAUCAGAUGAAUAGGUAAAAUGGUAGUGGAUAGUUCUGCUCUCCCAUUCAUUCACCAAUGAGACAGCGUCCCCCGUUUUUAAUUCAACAGACCCGGCUCGGUGUUGACACUCAACAUGAGGAUGAUCACCUUCUUCCUGGUUGGACUGAUAGUCCAUGUGGUCUUCUUCCUCUCUAUCUUUGACAUCUACUUCACCUCUCCCCUGGUCCAUGGCAUGACACCCCAGGCCACCCCGCUGGCACCCCCUGCCUCCAGACUGGUGUUAGUGGUGGGCGAUGGUCUCAGAGCAGACAGUCUCUUCACACUCCUGCACAAUGGCUCAUCCAGGGCUCCAUACUUGAGGAAUGUGAUAGAGGAAAGGGGUACCUGGGGUGUGUCACACACACGCGUGCCCACUGAGUCUCGUCCCGGUCAUGUUGCUCUCAUCGCUGGCUUCUAUGAGGAUGUUAGUGCUGUUGCUAAAGGGUGGAAGGAGAAUCCUGUAGAGUUUGACUCUGUGUUUAAUGAGAGCAGACACACCUGGUGCUGGGGCAGCCCUGAUAUUCUGCCCAUGUUUGCCAAAGGUGCCAGUGGAGACCAUGUGUAUACCCACACAUACCCAGCAGAGGAGGAGGACUUUGCCUCCACAGAUGCCUCCAGGCUGGACAGCUGGGUGUUCACUCAAGUCAAAUCAUUCUUUCAGUCAGCAAAGUCCAACUCUAGUCUAAGGGCCAGUCUGCUCGAGGAUAAGAACAUCUUCUUCCUGCAUCUGCUGGGCAUCGACACAAACGGACAUGCUCACAGACCAGUGUCACAGGAGUACCUGGACAAUAUUGGUCUAGUAGACACUGGUAUAGCUGAGCUGGUGUCUAUAGUAGAAGACUUCUUUAAUUAUGAUGGCAGAACGGCCUAUGUGUUCACGUCUGAUCAUGGCAUGACAAACUGGGGUUCACACGGUGCAGGCCAUCCCUCUGAGACACUCACCCCUUUAGUGGUGUGGGGAGCAGGAGUUCAGAAUGCCCACAGAGUGACUGAACCCCAAUCAUACAAUGAUGGGUACCUACAAGAUUGGAAACUGGAGCACCUUCGUAGAGUUGACGUCAAUCAGGCAGACAUUGCACCCCUCAUGGCUUCUCUCAUUGGUGUGCCCAUUCCUGUUAACUCUGUUGGUGUGUUACCUCUUCUCUACCUCAACAACAGUGACCAGUUCAAGGCAGAAACCAUGUACACUAAUGCUAUUCAAGUACUAGAGCAGUUCAAGAUGAAAAUGACCCAGAAAAAGGAGACGACCUUGUCUUUUCUCUUCACCCCAUAUCAACUACUGACUGAGUCAAAACAAGCAGAAUUCAUCCACAAGGCAAGAAUACUGAUUCAGCUGGAGAAGUAUAAUGAAGCUAUCUCUCUGUGCCAGUCUCUCAUAUCCCAUGCUCUGGAGGGCCUGGUCUACUACCACACCUAUGACAGGUUCUUCCUGGGUUGCAGUGUGGUUCUGGGAUUUGUAGGCUGGACCUCAUAUGUUGUCCUAGUCAUACUGAAGACUCAUGCUGGCCUCAACAGACAUCCCAGUCUCCUCAAACAGAUUCCCAGCCAUACCCUCGCAAGGCUGUGUAUAUGUGUGACAGUGGUGAUCACCAUGUUCCUGCUUAUCCAAAGGAGCCCUGUUACCUACUAUAUUUACUGCCUGCUGCCUGUCCCUGUAUGGUACUCUGUUCUCAGAGAGUCUGGGACUCUAACAGAUUUGAUUCGCUCAGCACCCUCUCUGCCACUGUGGAAAUGUCUUGGCUAUUUUGUGCUGGUGGCGUUUGGGAUCGAACUAUUGGUGGUGAGUUUCUUCCAUCGCGCCAUGCUGACUGUGGGCCUGGCUGUCCUCUCUGUCUGGCCCUUUCUGUCGGGACUUUUUGGCAAGGCCAAGUUCCGUUCACUGAGCUGGUUUCUGGGCUGUCUGUGUUUGGCUGCUUUCCCCCUGAUGCCAGUUGUGGGUAGAGAGCCUAUCAUACAUCUGGUUACCUGCGCAGGUAUACUCACUCUCUUCACUUCAGCCUGUUACCUCUGGUCAUCACGACACAGAGCGCCACUGCGUCUCAGUGACAGACAGCAGUUUGUCACCCAGAUGAUCCAUGUGGCCGUGUGUGCAUACGUGCCAUACCUCACACACUCCAGCCUACAGCAGAAACAGGGACUGCCACUUCUUAAUCAGAUCAUCAGCUGGACCACAUUAGCAUCUUCUAUGAUAGUUCCAUUGUUGAGCUCUACACGUCUUUUCCACCGACUUCUCAGCAUUUUCCUCUCUCUCACAGCCACAUAUCUGCUGCUCAGCACUGGGUCAGAGGCCUUGUUCCCCCCUGUGUUAUCUUGGUUGAUGUUUGUGUGGAUCAACAUAGAACAGGAAGCUAUGCUCGCUCAGGGUGUCUCUGGCAGACAAGAGCUGUCCACUAUUGAUUUCUCCGCUAACAUCGACAUCACCAAGAUCCGACAGCUGAAGCUGGAUGAUAUCAGAAGGUCUUACUUUUUUGUGUUUUUUAUAAUAACCGCUUUCUUCGGCACAGGGAACAUAGCUUCCAUUAACAGUUUUGACCCAGCAUCUGUUUAUUGCUUCCUCACUGUCUUCAACCCCUUCAUCAUGGGUGGACUGAUGAUGUGGAAGGUUAUCAUUCCGUUCAUAAUUGUAAUGUGUACAUUUGAGACCAUCCAAGUUGCAACGCAGCUCUCAUCAAGAAGUUUGUUCCUCAUUGUCCUGGUCAUCUCCGACUUGAUGGCUCUGCACUUUUUCUUCCUGGUGCAGGACUAUGGCAGCUGGCUGGACAUAGGCACAAGCAUUAGCCAUUAUGUGAUAGUGAUGUCAAUGACCAUCUUCCUAAUGUUGCUCAGUGUGGUCACACAUAUCUUCACCACACAAAGACUCAUCCUGUGGAGGAGACCCAAGAUGCACUUCCCCUAAAGAGACAUGUGUUUGUGUGUCCAUGUGCACACACAGGUUUAACCAAAUAUUUAGUAUUUAUUUGACUUUUAGAUACUUUUCAUAUAGUGUUUGCCUUAAUAAACAAGAGUUUAUUUACAUAAGAUAUGGGAUUUUUUUUAGGACUCAACUAAUUAUGUAGUGCUGUGCAAAACUCUCUCUCACACCAAUUGGAUACAUUUUUUUUGGAGUGUUGGAAAUCCCCUCUUAUAUGUCCUUAUAAGCCAGAACUGCUUGAAGAAUGUACCACAUGACUACCUGUGAAAAUGACAGUUAACUACAGAGAAUUUCAUCAGGUCUACAUACUCAGUAGACAAGUUCUUCUUAGUACUUGCUGUCCUCCUUCUUCUUAAUGUUAAGUGUCACAGUGUGAUUUUAAGUGAUAAACACUGACAACUGCUAAAUGGUUUAAAUAGGAUAUUUUCAGAGUGGUAAAGACUUUUGCACAGUACUGUUUGCACUGCAUUUUUUUGUACACCCUGUCUCUGUUUCAGUGGCAUUGUUUUUGCAUGAAUCAUUGAUGAACUGACAAAGGCUACUUGAAUAUUUGACCAUGAAUUAUGUCUGUGCCAAGGGUGCUGAUUUAUGAGCCACCAAAGAAUGAUAACUUGAUGACUCUUUAAGUAUAUUUCCUGUAAAGCUGCCUAAAAUGUAUACUUGUAUACGUAUAAGGAAAAGGGAUGUUAUUUGAAUUUAUUGUGACUAUGUACUAAUAAAACAAAAGGAGUGGGAUGGAAACAGGGACUUGUGUGUUGUACCACUGCAACCAUUAACAAAAUGAAACCAGAUGCCAGCGUAGUUGUGCUUUGUGUUUGAACAGCAAGUUAACCAUAGCCAUGACCUCAAAGUAGAAAAAGCUCUUUGCCCCCAGUAGAGUUUGAGUACCCAAUGGCCAGCAUUUGGCUUGUGGUUGCAUUUGGAAUCUAAAAAUGUAGCGAUGUGCUGCUAUGGUUAUUAUAUUUUCUCUGAUGAAACAGAACAAAAUUAAAAAAAAAAAAACUUA